AUGGCAAACCGGGGCUACGACGUGGUUGUCGAUGUGGAUGCCGAGGGCGACCUCGGCCAUACCGACCUCCAAGAGGACCUUGAAUUCCACCCAUCGAACUUCGAAAACGACCAACGAAGCGCCAAGGUCCAGGCCGAUUCGCAGCCUUUCCUGGGCGGCGGUAGCUCCUCGCGCGCCGGCCGUGAUCGAUCCCCUGGCGGCACUCCCACCAAGCACAGCUGGUGGUCGAUUCACUAUUACGAGCGAUUUUUCGAUGUCGACACAAACGAGGUCCUGCGCCGCUGUGUUGCCACGCUUUACCCGCGCUCCAACUUCCUGGAUGUGCUAGAGGGCAAUGCGGAUUUGUACGGCCCUGUCUGGAUUGCGACGACGGUCGUCGUGAUUCUCUUCUUGACGGGUACGAUUUCGCAGUGGUUAUCAAACCGCCACGAACAACACUUCGAGUACGACUUCAAACUGCUCUCCGGUGCGGCGGGUCUCAUCUAUGGGUAUACUGGUCUUCUGCCUAUUGCGCUGUGGGGUGCUCUGCGCUGGUUCGGGAGCUCGACGGCUGAUCUGAUUGAAUGCUGGGCUCUUUACGGAUACUCUAAUUUGGUUUGGAUCGCUGUAGCUCUUUUGAGCUGGAGUCCGUUGACCGCGCUCAACUGGGCGCUUGUUGGCGUUGGCUUUGCAUGGACGACUUUCUUCCUCCUGCGGAAUCUUUACCCCGUGUUGAAUGCCACGGAUGCCAAAGCUAGCAAGAUUCUUUUGAUUCUAGUUGUUGUCUUGCAUGCAGCCCUUGCUAUUACCAUCAAGUUCCUCUUCUUUGCGCACGCUAGCCCUGUUGAAGACAAGAAGGACAACUAG